ACCGGAAGUUGGCUGGGCUGCCUUCGCCUCUCAAGAUGGCAGUUCUUGGAUUUACCCUUGGUACCUUCGUAUUUGUGCUGCUCAUUAGUUCUGUGGCUAAUUAUCCCACUGGAGAAGUAGGAAGGUCAUGCCAUGGAAUGGUUCCUGAACAUGGCCACACGGCACGCCCUGAUCCUGUUCACAACAUUUCAGUGAGUCAAGUGACAUUCAGACCAGGAGAUCAGAUUGAAGUUACCUUGUCAGGGCAACCAUUUAGAGGCUUUCUCUUAGAAGCACGGGCUGCUGAGGAUUUGAGUGGCCCUCCUAUUGGCUCCUUCACAUUGAUUGACAGUCAAGUGUCACAGCUUCUGACCUGUGAAGAUGUACAGGGAUAUGCUGUGAGUCACACAAGUUCAUCCAAGAAAACAAAAAUUAAAGUCUAUUGGAAUGCUCCAAGCAAUGCUCCGAAUCACGUAAAGUUUCUAGUCACAGUUGUUGAGAAGUAUAAAAUCUACUGGGUGAAGAUUCCUGGUCCUGUAAUUUCACAACCAAACGCACUGCCUUUUACCACACCCGAAGCUACAGUAGCCCCUUUGUCGACAUUACCUCCAGUCUCCCAUCUAACCAAAUCAUUCAGUGCUUCAGAUUGUGGGAACAAGAAGUUCUGUGUUAGGAGUCCUGUGAACUGUGACCCAGAGAAGGAGCACGCCUGUUUCUUCUUGUCCUUCACACGAGAUGACCAGUCAGUGGUGGUUGAAAUGAGUGGGCCCAGUAAAGGCUAUUUAUCCUUUGCGCUUUCUCAUGACAGAUGGAUGGGUGACGAUGAUGCUUAUUUGUGUAUUCGUGAAGAUCAGACUGUACACAUACAACCUUCCCAUUUGAUGGGGCGAAGUCACCCUGUGAUGGACUCCAGGGACACUCUUGAGGAUCUGGCUUGGAGGCUGGCGGAUGGUGUUAUGCAGUGUUCUUUCAGAAGAAACAUUACCCUUCCUGGGGCUAAGAAUAGAUUUGAUCUAAACACAAGCUACUACAUAUUUCUAGCAGAUGGUGCAGCUGACGAUGGUCGAAUUUAUAAGCACUCUCAGCAACCUUUGAUUACAUAUGAAAAACAUAAUGUGACAGACGAUCCGAAGAGCGUGGGAGGAUCCCAUUCUUUAUUCCUUCUGAAGGCUCAUGGUGCCUUAAUGUUUGUGGCAUGGAUGACUACCGUGAGCAUAGGUGUGCUCACUGCUCGGUUCUUCAAAUCUGUUUGGUCAAAGGCUUUCUUUGGUCAAGCAGCUUGGUUUCAGGUGCAUCGGGCGCUCAUGUUCACGACCACCACCCUUACCUGCAUUGCUUUUGUGCUGCCUUUUGUUUACAGAGGAGGCUGGAGCUCGUAUGCAGGUUAUCAUCCGUACCUUGGUUGCAUAGUGACGAUUUUAGCAGUUCUUCAGCCUCUUUUGGCAGCCUUUAGACCUCCUUUACAUGACCCAAGAAGGCAAAUGUUUAACUGGACUCACUGGAGUGUGGGCACAGCUGCUAGAAUAAUAGCAGUGGCAGCAAUGUUCCUGGGAAUGGAUUUACCAGGACUAGAUCUUCCUGGCCCGUGGAAAACCUAUGCAAUGAUUGGAUUUGUAGCCUGGCAUGUUGGGACAGAGAUUGUUCUGGAGAUGCAUGCCUACCGACUCUCUCGAAAAGUUGAAAUAUUGGAUGAUGCCAGAAUUCAGAUCCUUGAGUCAUUUACUGUAGCUGAAGCAGAAGGUCAUUCUUUUAAAAAGGUGGUGUUUGCAGUUUAUAUCUGUGGGAAUGUGACUUUUCUCAUCAUCUUCUUAUCUGCAAUCAACCAACUCUGAGCAAGCAAAGACCUUGGCUUUUGCAGACCAGAUGAUAAUGAUCAUUAAGCCAAAGAAACUUGAAGUCUGUACUGACUGCCUGCGCAGCGUAGCAUGAGUUCUGAAUUGGAAGAGCAGCUCACCUCUGCAGAGGAAUUCUGAGGUGUGGUCUUUAGAAAUCCUCUGUCAGCAGGGUCCUACGGACUCUAAAAAGGACGUGAAACCUUUAUGUGUGAUUCUGAGCGUUAUCAGGGGAGGUUGUCCUUGAGGAGAAAUGACUCUGAGGUAUUUUCCAUGAUGAGAUUUUUAGAAUGCUGGCAUUUAAGAGAAGAACUAUUUGGAAAGACAGAAAUGAUGUCAUUUGGAGGAAAUGGAGAUUGUAUUAAGUUGAAUAUAUUUUGGACUAUAAAGGUGCUGUUUUAAAGAAAAAUUUAUGCUAGUUUAUCUGAAUGGUCUUUCUUAGGACUUUUUUGGGGGCACACUGUGUUUUUCAGUCCAGUUUUUUGAACAUGUCCUUUUUUCUGUGUAUUCUGUCACUUCUUUGGUAAAGGUGGAAAUGGGGCUAACUCCAUUUUAUUAACAUUUAAAUAUAUUUAAAUAUAUAUCUUAUAUAUUAAAUUAUAUUUAAAUAUAUUAUGAAUAUUAUAAUUUCUUUCUUAGCAGUGAAAUACAAGUGUGCAUCUUCUGCUUAAGACUGUAUUUUUAUAUACAGUUACAGGGCUGAAAGGACAUUUUAUAUAUUAAUUGUUUUGACUUUUAGGAUUUAUGUCCUAGCUUUUGGAGACUGUAGAAUUGCAUUUCAAAAGUAAUAAAAUUUACCCUUGUGAAUAUA